AUGAAUGGAAACGAUCCUGAGCUUUCUUCCCAAAAUCUGUCAGAAGAAAAUCCUAAUCCCGAAACUGAUAUUCAAGUGUCAGUUGAUGUCGGAGCAGUGAAUAAACAGGAAGAACGUGAAUAUGACAAAAUGAUGGUCAAGGCUAAGACCUCCAUUCCUCCUAAACACUCCUUCAACCACAACAAAGAUAUGCCAGAGGCCGGUUUCGGAAAACUCCCUGCCGGUCAUUCGAAUUCAUCAGAUGAUGCUUCUGGAAGUCCCAAUAAAGCAUCUAUGCGGAAUGGCAAGGGAAGGAACACUUCAGAAGUAUGCUCACCACGAGAACGACGUUCUCCAAGUAGGCCAAAGUCGUGUGAUCCACCAAACUCUAUUUCUGUGACGAUUUCAAUUCGGUACCCCAAUGAUUGUCAAUCAGAUGCAACUCAGGAUUUGUCAUUAAUAGAGGACCGUUGUCCUGAUGUGAAGUGUCCACCAAAUCCUAAUCUAUGUGAAGAAGAUUCUUCUUCUUCGAGUGAGGAUGUUGAUUGCGACCAAUUUCCACCUGAACUUGCUCCAAGUAAGUGCAGACCUAAAUCCAUGCGUACUGAUGAAAUAAUGCAAGAACUUCAAUCGCAACGUCGCUCGACUAAACGCAAAGCUACGAGUAAUCUACAUCAGCCGACCGGUCGAAAGCAUCAGUGGUACACUUUUGGUGAGAACCGUAUCUACUGCCACAUGAAAGACGAAACCGAGGAUUCUCCAAUGUACUACCUUGAUUACUUAAGUAUUACAGACAGAUGCCCAAAUGGUGCGUGUGACCUUAAACCUGAAGAGAAUUCUGAAAUGAAGUCAGUUGGUCUGCUUGACUCUGUUGAAAGGUCCAGAAAUCGUAGAAAUACCAAUACUGGGAAUAAGAAUACAGGCGAAGGCAAGGCAGAUGGGCCUCAACCUAUUGGUCGAAGACACCAAUGGUAUUCACAUGGUAAUAACCGAGUCUUUUGCCACAUGAAAAACAAACGAAAUGAAUCUCCAAGCUAUUAUUUGGAUUACCCCAACCUUACCGAGCGAUGUCCCAGUGGUAAGCAUUGUUUUAAACCAGAAAAGCAAUCCCCGCGUAGCAGAUCGGAAAGACGGAGCACACAUCGUGCUUCCCAGCAGAGACGUUCAAGAACUGAGGAGGAUAAUGUAAACAACCCUACCCCAGGCAGAUCUAAGACUGGAGCCAAAUCCCACCGUUUUCAAUCAGAAAAUCGAGGCGCUCAAGGUACAAAAUUGGAGAAACGUUCAAAAACUACAACUGGUUAUCGAAAAAAGGAAUAUAUUAUCCCUAUUGGUCGCAGACGCUAG